AUGCCGAUCGACGUGUCGAUCGAGCCCGGCCCGCCCGGCUUCGAGCUCCUCUCGUCGUCCGUCGCCGUCUGCCCGCGCUUCGUGGUGAUCAAUCGGCUGCCAGAGUCGCUGCAGCUGCGGGCCGAGGUGCUCCCCGCGCGGGGGGACGUCGAGCUGCCUGCCGCCGCGCCGCCGCACGUGGAGCUGGCGGCAGGCUCGCGCACCGACGUGUACUGCUUCGAGUGCCAGCGUCAGCUCUUCUGCCAGCGGAGCACCCACUCGUGGGAGAAAAAGUGUGGCUGGAAGUCCUGCGAAUCGGAGCCACCAAACGUGAUAUUUAUGAUCUCGGACGACCUCACCCUCAACACACCCGUGCCGGCCCGCACUCCCAACCUCGACUUGCUGCGAGCGAGCGGCGUCUCCUUCCCGCACACGUACGCCCAGCUGUGCUCCUGCGCGCCGUCCCGCGUCGCUAUAUUCACCAGCCUGCGCCCAGACCAGACGGGCGGGUGGACCAAUGCCAGAGAGGACAAGGUGCGCUUCUUGGAGCCACCGGCGAGUCCUUACACGCUGCUCCCGCAAGCCUUCCGCGACAACGGGUACUAUGUGCGUGCCUACGGUAAGCUGCUUCACCGGGGAAGGCGGGCAGCCGGCGCCUCUAUCGAGAUCCUUCGAAGCGUCGACGCCUACCUCCGGUCGCCAGAGCCCUUUCGAUUCUACCACGACAACCGGACCGUGCGCGGCGGUGUCACCAAGGCCGAACUCGAGCGCACCACCGGUGAUGUCGAUCUUGCUCCAUUCGACGCGGGACAGACCGCUGAGGGCAUCAGCGUGCCUGACGAUGCGUACGAGGAUGGGUGGUACGGCGACAAUGCCGCGGCGUGGGUGCGUGACUGGCCGGCCAAUGCCGCGCCCUUCUUCCUCUGCAUCGGCUUCUGGCGGCCGCACAUCCCCUUCAACGCUCCAAAGAUGUACUGGGACUACUACGGCGCGGCCGAGGUAGCGGCCGCCAUCCCAGACAGGUACGACGGCAUGCGCCAGAUGCCGAGGGGCACGCUCUCCUUCACCGCUCCGGCCGCGGCAGAGCUGCUCUUGCAUGGCCAGGACUUCUCAAGCACCGAACAGGAAUUCAUCCCGCGCACCCCGUUUGGGCUCGGAAACGGAGUGCCCAACUCGACGAUGUGUGGCGACCCGCCGAUGACGUGCUGGAUGCGGCCGACGCCCCUGCUGGCGGACGCGCGCAACUUGCUGCACGGCUACCUCGCGAGCGUGGGCAAGCUGUUCCACGCGCUCGAGGGGAGCGCGCACGGCGCAAACACCGUCACCGUCUUCACGAGCGACCACGGAUAUCACCUCGGUGACCGCGGCGGCUUCUGGACCAAGCACACCAACUUCGAAGCGGCGGCGCGAGUGCCGCUCUUCAUUGCGGCGCCGUGGCUGCCCGAGCCCGGGACGGAGGCGGCGGGCGUCGCCGAGCUGAUUGACAUCUACCCGACCUUGGUCGCGAUGGUGGAGCGCAAGGCGCCGGGCACGAUUUCGGUGCUGCCGAGCCAACGACUGGCGGGGACGUCGUUGCUGCCGACGCUCCUCGACCCGAGGGUCCCAUCGAAGAGCGUCGCCUACACUCAGUUCCAGAAAAGGGUGCGCACGCUCGGGCCGGAGCGCGGCGAGCCCGCGAAGCUGCCCAACAUGGGCGGCGCGAACUCGAAGCGGGGCGCCAACGGGAUGGGCUACUCCGUCCGCGUGCGCGACGCGGGAAGGGACUACCGCUACACCGAAUGGUGGAGGACAGCCGACCUAGACGCAAUAGUCGCGCCGACGAUUGCGGAGGACAACAAGACGAACGUCAACAUGGCCUGGUGCGCAAACCCCGCCAACGCGUCUACCUGCGUCGCCGGGCCUGCGGUGCGCGAGCUCUACUACUACGAGGGCGCCUCGCUGAUUGAGACGGUGAACGCCAUCGGCACCGUGACGGCUGAGAUGGCCGCGCCGCUUUCAGAUGGGGCGAAUCACAACGGGCUCGGGGACGGCUGGAGGCGGUGCUUUGGUCAAGCCACCCCGCUCUCGACGCCGGGUCUCGCCGCCGAUCUCACCUGCCUCGUGAGUGGGCUCCCUUCCAAACUGCUCCGAGACGAGCCGCCGCAGUUGACGGCGGCAGCUAUUGCGUCGGUUGAUUGCUGGUCCGAGCCUGUCGCCGGCUCCUCGCCCGGGCCCAACGACGGCAACCAUGUAGAGCACAGCGGCUCCAUCGACGCGUGUCGCGCGUGGUGCACUCAGAUGGCUGACUGCAAGGCCAUCAUAUUUCGCGCCAACAGGGCUUGCUACCGCCUCAACCGCUACUACGACAGCCUCUACGACCCGGAGCGCUCCUGGAUGAUGGUGACCAACUACCACCAAGGUGAGGCAUGCUUGCCACGCUGCUGGUCCGAGCCUGUCGCCGGCUCCUCGCCCGGGCCCAACGACGGCAACCAUGUAGAGCACAGCGGCUCCAUCGACGCGUGUCGCACGUGGUGCACUCAGAUGGCCGACUGCAAGGCCAUCAUAUUUCGCGCCAACAGGGCUUGCUACCGCCUCAACCGCUACUACGACAGCCUCUACGACCCGGAGCGCUCCUGGAUGAUGGUGACCAACUACCACCAAGGUGAGGCAUGCUUGCCACGCUGCUGGUCCGAGCCUGUCGCCGGCUCCUCGCCCGGGCCCAACGACGGCAACCAUGUAGGACACAGCAGCUCCAUCGACGCGUGUCGCACGUGGUGCACUCAGAUGGCUGACUGCAAGGCCAUCAUAUUUCGCGCCAACAGGGCUUGCUACCGCCUCAACCGCUACUACGACAGCCUCUAUGACCCGGAGCGCUCCUGGAUGAUGGUGACCAACUAUGCCCCCUGUGCCUCUACGUUCCACCGAAUGUUGAGACAUCCAUGGACUCACAAUGUCAAUGAUGGGGGCCACGGCAGGUCCUCACCAGCUCUUCGUGCCGGCGACGGCGGCUGA